AUGGCAGUUGAAGAGGAGAGUGACAAAAAUAAAGGUUUCAGGGUAUUGGGCAUUCUGGAUGUUCAGUACACACCUUGUGCCAGAGAGGCUCUUCUACAUGGUUGGGGAUCCCUAGCUGCUGGACUUUUGCACUUUUUGGCCACAAGUCGAGUGAAGAGGUCCUUUGACAUAGGUUUUGCAGGAUUCAUGCUUACCACACUGGGAUCAUGGUAGGUUUUCAAGUCAAUGUUGAUGAUUUAUAAGAUUACUUGUUGUUUGAUAUACAUUUAAGGACAGCCCAAUUAUGAAGUGACAAGCAUUUUACAUUUUAGAAUAUUUAUUCAGGAUAAUCAUGUUCUCAUCUACAGGUAACUGUUCUCAUCUACAGGUAACUGUUCUCAUCUACAGGUAACUGUUCUCAUCUACAGCUAACUGUUCUCAUCACAGCUAACUGUUCUCAUCUACAGAUAACUGUUCUCAUCACAGCUAACUGUUCUCAUCACAGCUUACUGUUCUCAUCUACAGCUAACUGUUCUCAUCUACAGGUAACUGUUCUCAUCACAGCUAACUGUUCUCAUCUACAGGUAACUGUUCUCAUCACAGCUAACUGUUCUCAUCUACAGCUAACUGUUCAUAUCUACAGCUAACUGUUCUCAUCUACAGCUAACUGUUCUCAUCUACAGAUAACUGUUCUCAUUUCAGGUUUACUGUUCUCAUACAGGUAACUGUUCUCAUCUACAGCUAACUGUUCUCAUCUACAUGUAACUGUUCUCAUCUACCGGUAACUGUUCUCAUCACAGCUUACUGUUCUCAUCUACAGCUAACUGUUCUCAUCUACAGGUAACUGUUCUCAUCUACAGCUAACUGUUCAUAUCUACAGCUAACUGUUCUCAUCUACAGCUAACUGUUCUCAUCUACAGCUAACUGUUCUCAUCUACAGCUAACUGUUCUCAUCUACAGCUAACUGUUCUCAUCACAGCUAACUGUUCUCAUCUACAGCUAACUGUUCAUAUCUACAGCUAACUGUUCUCAUCUACAGCUAACUGUUCUCAUCUACA